CGUUUGCGUAAGACGUAAAUAAGGAGGAAUCGAACUUUAAAGGAACCCGGAGACUUUCCAAAACAUAAUGGAGAGCUUGUGCUCGGAAGAUUUGCGUCAAAAUCCCCACCGGCUUUCACUGUGUGGAAACGUAAUCUUGUUUGACUGUGAACGGGCGUCAAACACGAAAGAUAACGAAACAACCGAGCUGACGUUCCGCCGGCUUUCGUUUAGACGGGAGGACAACGGGUUCGUGAAGGCAGCAGACGGGGCGGCUGUCAUCAGCCGCAAAAGAUCAGCUCAUGUGGACAUCGUGAAAUGUAAAUGUGCCGUGGACGUCCAGAAGAGAGUCACGGCACCGUGUGUCUUACUGACAAAGAAGGGCGAGAAAGGAAAAGGCUUUAAGUAUAGUCUCCUCUCGCUGAGCAGCUCAAACCGUCUGGAGCACCGCUUUGACUUUAAAGUCCCCUAUGAAAUAAAUGAGAACGUGGACAUCCUGCAGGGCCCCACAGUGUUGUGGACCCAUGAGGAAAGUGUCUUUUACGCAUCUGUGCAGACAGGAGGGGUUAGACAGGUACCCGCCCGGUUGUCCCACUGUGUUGUGGGAGAACUCCCCUGCCACAAAGGACAGACAUUUGUUCUUGGGCUCCAAAGCAACUCAGAAAUAUGCUUCAAGUCCACACGGCAAGCACUCGGGUGUCUUGUCGAGGAUGGACAAAUGUUCGACGGUGCUACGAUUUUACCUCCUCCCUAUUUAAGCAUCACAAAGUGCAGCUUGGUGCUCUCAGCUGACAGGUCAGGUGGUGUGCUUGAAUGUGUGGUGGUUGCAGCAACUUCUAACCAGCAACUCGUUUAUUGUGAGGGUGGAAUAGUAAGAGACAUAUGUCAGCUGCCCUUUGAGCAACCUGAGAGUAUUCAGGUGGUUCACGCGGGGAGAAAUGGAUGCCUGUUUGUCAUAUCCUCUCACCAGGGACAGGUCUGCGCUGUAUGGAAGGAAACGUUUCAGAUAGCCUCCCAGUGGUCAGGUGUCAGCUCCGUCCACGUGGACGACUUCCUGGGAUGUGGAACGGACCAGAUGCUGCUGGUAUUUAAGGAUCAAGGUGCAGCAGAGCAGCCUCUGGAAAGGUUCCUCAUAACCGACCUCUGUGGCAUUUCAUAUUCCCGUGGCCAGGACAACGAUGCACCAAAGAUAACCCCUCCUCCACCAGAGAACUAUCUCCUCACUCUUCAAGCUUUAGAAUCCAGACUACAGAGCGGACUGGCCGUGCUUCAAGAGCUACAGCGAGAAGUGAGAGUGAAGGACAGAGUUUUACAGCAGUCGGUGCAGGCCCUCACUGACGUGGUCUCAGAAAGAGAGGCUGUUCUCACCCAUCCUGAGCAGGAGGGCCUUAUUGCUCUGUGGGACUGUGAAGAAGAUGAUGAUGAGUCAAAGGCUGAUGCCUUGGAUGACAAGAUGCAAGUCAUGCCAGCAGUGUCUUCAAAACCUCAAAUUGACAAGCUGUGGCAUCGCGUCACCGAGGACCGAGUGGUUGUGGGAGUGAUACUAACUAGCGACGGCUCUUUACCUGUGAGCAGUGUGAGCUUAUCCAUCCUGACAGAGGCAGGCCAGAGCUCAACGCCUGCAGUCAUCCAGACCCAGAGCCAAGUGUUCUUGCUCCCUUCGCCCUGCCCCUCGCCACCAUCCACCUCCACCUCCUCCUCCUCCGCCUCCUCCUCCUCCUCCUCCCGGUCUGCCUCCCUGUUCCUGGAGCCCACAGCCAAAAGAAGCAGGCAACACAACGCCAGCACAAUCAAUGAUCUCAACACAUGCAGACUGGCUGUGACUGCGGUUACCGAGCUGGCACUUCUGCUGAACUCUGGCCGUGUCAAGUGCCGUGUCAUGCUCCAUUACGUCCAGAGACGAGAUGCUUUUGGCCUCGUGAGCCGCCAGGCACCGGCCGUCCUGCAGUGCGGUCGUGUCGUCUUAGACGUUCAUAAUGAUUUCCAAACACAACUGCUGAAAAACCCACAACUCAAAACAGAUGAGGCCAGAGAGGACUUCCUGAGUCUGUUGGCGGUGCUGGACUGCUGCGUCUUCCACGUCGACUCCCCUGAUAACAGCUUAGGUGAUAUAAAUGGCUGGAUUCAGAAAAGAGUGGGUUGUGAGAAGAUUGAAGCGAGCCCUGGGUAUCUACUAUUAAAUUCUGCGGGACCAUCUGCUCUCAUGCUGCUGCGUUGGCAUCAGAUAACUCCUUUCCGCGGAGAACUGUCUGUCCAUUCCAGCCACAUCCAGAUGCUCCAGUUCUUGAACUCACUGUUGGAGCACCUCCCUGCGUCCUGCUCCAUCCUGCCGGCCAGAGGUACAAGAGGCCGGGGUACAUCUCAAAUAUUUGCCGCAGCUUUGGAAAAAGAGGUGGUGUCACUCAGAGAGGGGGUGUCGGCGUUACUCUGCAAAGAAGACGAAAGCGAGGCAGAGAAGGGGAGCAUCGAUGACACUCCCGACCCAGGGUCUGCAGAGGGCCUCCGGAGGUGCAGAGAGGUGUGGCGGCAGGACGUGGAGAGGAGCAGGGAAAAGUUGAGCCCUCUGGUGGAUGUGGGGAGGUAUCGUAGGCUGGUCCAAAACAUGUCUGGAGUCCAGCUCGAUGGGGAUUUGGCAGCUCUUUUAGACACUCGGAGGACUUUGCUCGGCUAAUGUGCCUCCAGACUUGAUUACUGUUGCAAAUCCCGUCGCUAAGUCAAUGAUGCCAGGAUCAAGGUUUCGGCUUAAAAGAAUAGUUUGGAUUCUUUGAAAUGGGCUUGUCUGGCAGGGUUGGGGUUUUGUGUGUAUUUGUGACCAGACGGUCGUUAGCACGCUCCCAGCAGCCAAGCCAUGAACGCUUGUGUACAAGGUCAGAAGCAAAAAACAUAUUUUAGCAAGAAAAUCAAUAAAGCUUUGUUUUCCCUUGCAUUAA